CACCAAACGAACGGGGCUAUUAGCUGACCAUUGAUCAAUUCCGCACUGGCACAAACCUGGACUACAAACCCACCAACUAGACUAACAAACUACCCGCUCAAUCAAACAUUCUUCUAUCGUUCUAGGCUCUUGCCUGUUUUCAUGACCCCUUUGCCCAUUGUGCUCUUGUUAUGACCAUCUCUGUUUGCAUGCGACUGCCGCAAACGAUUCGUACCAUAAAAACCACUGUCAACUCGCUGCGACCACUUUCUUCACCUUGCACUAGCAACUCAACAUUUACCCCGCGACGAUACAGAUUGUACUGUACUGCAAGGAUGGGCUCGCAACCGGAGAAGGAGAAUGAACGUGUGGAUCUUCGUCCUGAGGAAGUAAUUGGAGAUUUGGGUUUCACGCCUAUGAUCAAGGUCGCCGAUCCUUGGACUGUUGACAAGGUAGUCAAAGAGAUUCCUGGUGGUGCUCCUACUGAGGAAUCUUCCUCGCCUCUUCCCUUCUUCCACAUGCUCGAGCGACUCAAGACAACCAAGCGAGAAGGAUGGAGGCGUUUCGGUAUCUCUAGGGGAGAGUCUAUUGCCGACCACAUGUAUCGAAUGUCUCUAAUCUCCAUGUUUGCGCCCCCCUCUCUCGCCCCGAAACUCGAUCUUCCCAAGUGCAUGAAGAUGUGUCUUAUCCACGACAUGGCGGAGCUUCUUGUCGGCGACAUCACACCCGUCGACGGCGUUCCCAAGCCCGAGAAGAGCCGACGCGAAGCGGAGACGAUGGACUUUUUGACCAAGAACUUGCUACGAAACGUUGCAGGCGGCACAACAGGCGAGGACAUCCGCGCAAUCUGGCAGGAAUAUGAGGACUCCGAGACACUGGACAGUCACUUUGUGCACGACGUGGACAAGAUGGAGCUUCUUCUGCAGAUGGUGGAGUAUGAGAAGCGCGGUGAGGGUAAGGUCGAUCUUGGCGAGUUUGCGUACGUCGCGACGAGGAUGACGCUGCCGGAGAUGAAGGCCUGGGGCCAGGAGGUUCUCAAGGAGCGGGAGGCUUUCUGGGGAAGUAAGGAGCAUGUUCAUGGAGAGCAGGGUGUUAACGGAGGUGUUACAUCUGAGCGAAAAGGCCAGCAGGACAACUACUACAACAAGGAUUAAGUGAUAAGAUACGAAUGUUUAGACUUAUAAGAAGGACGGGCGAAUGAUACCAAUGAGUUGAGGUCACGGCAUAUGGCAUAGAAGAGUUUGGACGCAGGGUUUAGAGCGGUUCACGCGAUAUGACGCAUAGACUGAAUAGAAGUUAAGGCAACGAUUAACGACAGUAAAGCACACUUGAACUCCAUGAACCGUCAUCGUUGUGAUCUGUUUGAAGACCCC